CAUUUAUUAACCAGUAGGAUAAGAUUUGAUCGUCAAAAUAGGUGCAUUACGUGUAUAAAUACUAUAUUAUAUUAUAUAUAUAGCAGUAUAAAUUUUAUUAGAGAGUUAGUGAGAUUAUAAAAAUAAUUAUUCUAUUUAAAUCUUGAGCAGAGUCGUCUCUGUUUCGUCGUUGUUUCUUUCUUCCUCAACGUAGCUGUGUAUAUAUAUUUUCUCUUCCCAUUAUCAUUGUUGUUUGGUAAAGAUAAAGAUCAGUGAGUCAUCUUUCUUCUUCUUCUCUCAAGACAGAUAUUUUUGACGAGCUUCAUUGAUUUAAGUUCUUGAAUUACAAUCAAGAUCCAUGGCGGAAGAGCAUCGAUGUCAAACGCCGGAAGGCCACCGUCUCUGUGCUAAUAACUGCGGCUUCCUCGGCAACUCCGCAACCAUGAAUCUAUGCUCCAACUGCUACGGCGAUCUCUGUCUUAAACAACAGCAGCAAGGCUCAUCCUCUCUCUCCGCCGUAUCUCCUCCAUCGCCGGUGAUAACUUCCAUCUCUACUCCGUUGAUCCAUCCCCUCGUUCAAAACCCAUCUGCUGAACUGGAGGUAACGGCGAAGGACGUGCCGGUGACGAUAACGGCGACGGAGCAGCAGCAGAAACGGCCGAACCGGUGUACCACGUGUAGGAAACGGGUCGGGUUGACCGGGUUCAAGUGCCGGUGCGGGACGACGUUUUGCGGGGCCCACAGGUACCCGGAGGUCCAUGGAUGCACCUUCGAUUUCAAAUCUGCCGGUCGCGAAGAGAUCGCGAAGGCCAACCCGUUGGUCAAAGCGGGGAAGCUUCAGAAGAUUUGAUGGAGCCGUUCGAUGUGUUGACUUUUUCAUCUUCAUAUAAAACGCGUCCGUCAACACAGAUGGAUCUCAGCCGUUCAUCAUGGUUCAUUUUAUGUAAAAGAUAUGUAUUUACAAAGUGACACGUUUCAUGUGGUGCAGGAUAGAGACGCGCUCCUCUUAUCUUCCCAAUCAAUUUUCUUUUCCCUCAGAAAGAAAUAAGAUAUUCUCGCGUUGGCCCUUUUCUUAA